AUGAUGCUAUUCUCACGUAUAGAGCCUGCUGCUCUAGGUGCUGGUGAGGCUGCUGCUCUAGGUGCUAGUGCGUCUCCUGCUCUAGGUGCUAGUGAGGCUGCUGCUCUAGGUGCUAGUGCGUCUCCUGCUCUAGGUGCUGAUGAGGGUGCUGCUCCAGGUGCUGGUGAGUCUGCUCUCUCUGGUUCUACGCCUGCUGAGGCCUUGUACACCUUCACACUUGACUCAGGUGCUUCCAGCUCCUUCUUUCGCGACAGCACCACCCUCACGCCGCUCAGUCGGCCGGUUGCAGUCUCCUUGGCAGACCCCUCUGGGGGUCCAGUCCUUGCGCACUCCUCCACGGUCCUGCCAUGUCCGGCGGUCCCGUCUGGCUCCCUGUCAGGUCUUCACCUCCCCUCGUUCUCUACGAACUUGGUGAGUGGUGCUGACCUCCAGGACCAGUGGGUUGACCGGUUCACUCUUGGAGGUCAUCGACUGACCCACUCUACGUGCUCCCGGACGGGCCGGCACCUGGCCACGUUUACCCGUGCGCCUGGAUCGAGUCUGUACACACUGACUACUGUGUCCCCUCAAGUCGCUGCGUCUGCGUCUGCGUCAGGUCAGCUUGCGGCCCCUUGCUCGUGUCGCGCUUUAUCGCACCAGACCGUCUUUUGGCACCACCGUCUUGGUCACCUCUCGGUGCAGCGCCUUCGUAGCAUGCACCGCCGUGUCCUUGUCUCUGGUCUUCCCGUGGUUCUCCCUCCCCUCCCACCCUCACCUGCUCCUCCCUGUCUGCCCUGUGUCGAGGGGCGGCAGCGCGCCGCUCCUCACUCCUCGUUUCCCCCGACAACUGCUCCCCUCCAGACCCUGCACAUGGACGUGUGGGGCCCAGCCCGCGUCAGUGGGCAGGACCGCGAGCGGUACUUCCAGCUGGUUGUUGACGACUACUCGCGUUACACCACGGUCUUCCCCUUGCGCACCAAGGAGCUUUUGUCAUGGGAGGGCAUUCGCCAGACGUUCACGCUUCCGGCCUCUCCGAAGCAAAAUGGGGUUGCUGAGCGCCGCAUUGGCUUGGUCAUGGAGGUCGCUCGUACCUCCAUGGUCCAUGCGGCUGCCCCCCAUUUUCUGUGGUCGUUUGCGGUCCGCUACGCCGCGCAUCAGCUCAACCUCUGGCCCCGUGUCUCCUUGCUGGAGACCUCACCCACACUGCGGUGGACGGGGGAGGUUGGCGAUGCCUCGGUGUUCCGGGUCUAG